GUUAAAUGUUAGUUUCUAAACAAAUGGCUCGUAAAUUUCCCAUAUAUCUCAAUCGAUUUUUAAAAAAUGAUAGUUGAAGGAGUAUCUGUUGAAUUUUAUCAUAAUUAUGAACGAUGGAAGUAAGUUACACGCUAGAACGGAGCAAGCUGUCAAACCCGAUAGCAGUGCCGUGUUGCAGUCGUUCAUUGCAAAACUUGGUCAUCAUGUGGAGGAAAUUCGUGUGAGAGCACUGAGGAACAUUUUAUUCAAGCUAGAACACAAGUUGGUUUGUCCAGCUGAUCUGGUUCAAGAGAGGGAGUUACUGAUUAAUCUUUUAAAAUGGUUCAACUUUCCAAAGCCACCUCUUAAAAAGGAGGUCUUGGGAAUUCUUGAAAUUCUGUCAAGGCCUGUUUCUGGAGCAGAGGGCCUGCUUAGCAUUGGAGCAGUAGAAUUUCUAUCACACCUAAGGCAAGAUGUUGAUCCUGAAUUACACCAAAAUGUUGACAAUGUGAUACACCAACUACUGAGUCUACCACAAGAGGAUGCUGUGGAUCUUAGUCGGCAGUGCUUGUAUGAGGAGCACAACCCUGGGUCAGUGGAACAAACUCAAACUUCAUUGGAACAUGAUAAGUAUCAGCAGUCCCAUGGUCAAACUGCAGUCUUAUCUCUCCACACCCAGUCUUCAAAAACUAAUCCCCACCCUGAAGGUAGCAUAGCCUUCUUGUCACCUAUCAGUGUAGCCAGUGGAUAUUUUGAGAAACAAGGUGGCAUCACUCAAAAAGCCAUUUCUCUACAAAGACAGACACACUCAGAAUCCUCAUCAAGUAAACAAACCACAGGAACUUUUAGUGACAACAAGUCAAGCCUCACCUUUGUCCCAUGGUUACCUUUGUCAGCCAGUGAUAGACACAUUUUGUCUGUGACAGCCAGCCGUCUACAAAGCAGAAGCUCCUCCCUGGUCUCUAAGUCUUGUGAGUUUCUCAGAGAUGUUCUGUUUAAGGAUUUCCCAGCUGAGAUCUUCUUACACAGACCAAACGUGCUUCAGUCUCUUUUAGAACUGUUGGAGGAGAAGGGCCAUCUUGGUGAUGAGGCUCCUCUCACACUUGGUGCCAUACGCUGUCUGUGUGAUCUAAGUCAUCAUGUCCUUGUACGUCUUAUGGCAGUGUGUGACCUUGUGCUUUUCUGUCCUGAACAAGAUUGUUGGAAACACCGGCACAUUUCUAUGUCAGUGGAAACAAAGAACCAAGGUUCAGAUCAACAGGUGGCAAAUGUAAGAGAAACUGGAGAUGGAGGAGAUGACAGUGAUGAUCAAUCCAGUUCUAAGGUGUCUGACAACAAGGUGUCUCAGGCGAGUGAUGAGGAUGAAGAUGAGAUGGUCACUGAAGCCUUGCAGUUGAACCAGCUAUCCUUGGAGGAGUUUUGUAUAAUUGUGCUCUCUAAAGUUGUCCCCAUAUUUAAGGGAUCCCUGUGCACAGAUUCAGCCAUAAUCGAAUCAGCUGUGAGCUUGUUACACAAAGUGUUGAGUUUGAUGGUGAAAGUUUUUCCGGUUGAUCUUUGGAGACGCGGAACAAAGUUGAAUUCCUUGAUGGCUAGUUCUCUUGUAAAUAUAAUGAAGGGUGUGGGUCAGAGUAUUGUGCAUCAUAUCAAAUAUUAUGGAAGGCUUGGCCUGGAUGAAGGGAAAGACAAACAAAAGGACUUUAAGCCUCCAAACCACACACUACCAAUACACCGAAUGACAGUUGUCAAUUUGGCAACAUUUCUGUUGCAGUUCUUAGAUAGCGUAGUGCCUUUGGAAAUUUCAUCUAGGGUGGUUCCUUCUGAGGUAACAACAGUGAUGUGGCUCCUUUCUAUGGAUGAGCUCCUGGUUAUCUCCCACCCCCAUUUACGACCUGCAGCAAUGAAGUACCUUGCUUUUCUGGAUCCAUGUUCGCACAAGUUGUGUGCUUUCACUCAAGGAAUAUGUGACUCUAUGGCUCACACCUGCAAAUUCCUCAAGAUGUGUAGAGUCAAGGAACUUGCUCACUCCUUGAAUGAGCUCUCUAACCUUGUGCUUGCCUGUGUGCCCAGUGUCACUUAUCACAAGCACAUGGAAUUCAUCUCUGAAGCAGUGAAGAUCUGUAGCAGGGUCUGUGACCCAGCAAGUCAGGCAGAUGAGAGGGCCAUCCCUGCAUGCCAGAAGAUAGCGCUACAGAUACUUGCUCAUCCCUGUCCUGAAGUAAGGCUGCAAGCUUAUAAAGUAUCCCUGAGUCUGGUGAAAGAAGCUUGCAGUGUGAGUCAUGUGACUGAACCAUUCUCUGUGGUCUGUCAAAAAGCUCUGUUUUUGUUAGAUAGGGCAGUGCUACAUCAGAUCUGCUGCUUUGGAAUCUAUGAUGAGGAUGAAAAGGUGUGUGAAGUGGCAGUUGAACUCAUUACCACCUUACUUCUUGGUCGUCUCAGUAUGAGUGGUGAACUCUGGAAAAAACUCCUAGAAGGCUUGAUUGCCUCGUUACCCCAGCUGCAAGGCUCAAUCCUAGUUGAUCCAGCUCUGGAUCAAUGCAUUCUGGAGCUUGUAGCCUCACAUGGUGCUGCAGGAGGGCAUGUCACUGCUGAAGGGGACAUCAUAACAUUACCAUCCUUGGAGCAGUUCAGAGGGGCACUGCGCCUGAUGUUUGUAAAAGACUCCAAAGUACGCAGUAAAGCCUUUGAAUCUGUUGUCUGGCAGCUCACAAAUCAAGCAAGUAGGGAGAGAAGGAAGAGUUCAUUUCAAGGUAUUCUGGCGGACAAUGCUGCAGAUCUUUUCAUGGUGGAUCAGCUGACCUCUGCUGUCCAUGCUCAUGCACCAGCAACGCACACCAGUGUGGACAAGACUGAAAUUCUCAAUUUGUUUUCCAUACUGUCUUCAUCUUCUCUGGAUGUGGCUCUGAGGAAAUCUUCAGCUCAGCAGCUAGCCAUCAUUUCUCAAGAUCCUCAGUGGCAUGAGCCUCUAUUACAGGAACACGCAGAUGAAGUUUGCAUGUCUAUUCUGGCAGAAAUAUUAGAACAGGAUGCCCCUUUGCACUCUACGACCACACCUUGCCCAAUGGUAGAGGUCAUACCAGCCUGUCUGACCAUCCUAAGACUAUUAGCAGAAUACAGUGCUAGCUGUAGACACCGUUUAGCUACGAAAUUGUCUUCCUAUACUAUUAUUACAAGGUGUGCCCUGCUGUGUCAGCUCACUGGUCAAGUGAAAUACGAGGCUGCUUGUCUAAUGGUUCUUCUCCUCUUUGAUGAGGCUGCAGUAGUGGUGCCCGAUCGUAGUAGUGGGAUACCUUUCAGCUUACCAAAAUCACUGCUAAGAAGAUUUCAGUUUCCAUUCUCCCCUCCUAUUCACACCCCUGUCAGUGUGCACCAGUCUCCGGACCUUCAAGAGAAAGACGCGCUGAAAUCGGAACCAGCCGUGUCCAGACUAAGGUUGGCCUGGAAUCUAGGUUGGCAUGAAAACUUCGAGAACAUGUCUAAAGUAAAAGGAGUGGAAGAGAAUAGCAAAUCAGAUAAGAGUCUAGGAUUUUGGCGAGCCUUGCAGUGGACAACUCUUGAUGCUGAACUUCUUGGUUGCACUCAUGUUCAAAUUGCUCUGAGUAAUCACCUGCGGUGUAUGGAGACAGCAAACUCACAUUAUGAUGUCAAGGUUGCUCUGAGUAACAUCACUGCUCACUUGCUGGCUGAUAAGAGUCCCACAGCCAAGCAAAAACUAGCAGUGGAGGUUCUGUACACUUUGAAAUGGGAAACUGCAGUUGAGAGAUAUCUGCAAGUGGUGCCAAACAGCAGCGAUGACGAUAACUUGCUUAUAGAGUUACUGAAGGUGUUAGACAUUAUCUUAGCCAGUCCUCGUCAACCUCCGGAGCCUGUGGUGGCCUGGGUAGCUAGGGUAGUUUUACAGAGGGAUGGACCACAGAUGACGAUGCUGAGAAAUGUUCAAACGAGCACUGCUGGUUCGCAAACAGUGUCUGAAACAAAAAGAGCUUUACGCAAGCAUCUCCUAUCUUUCCUGGUAACUUUGGUAAAGUGUCUAUCGCGAUACACCAGUGAAUGGAGACUGGAUAAAGAGAGAAUUUUUAUUGGUGACCUGGCAUACGCUUUAGCUCUGAAUCUGGAUUUAGCAGACAACCCUCAGUUCUAUGAUUUGCCCGUGCUUGAGACGUCACUUGUUUGUUUGGCGCAUGUCACCUCGCAACCACGGUGGAGUUCAUACUGUAAAUUCUCCCAAGGGAUGAGUCUGUGUAUACAACUAAUGACAUCACUGGUUCAGGUGGUUCUGGCGUUCCACGCGGGCAGACUUGGCGCCAGUUUGUCAUUCAUGGGUAAAGGUGUCACUUAUUAUUCCAGUCUAUGUCUGUUGCACCUUACGCACGAAAUGUCCAUUAUUGAUCCUGAAAAGGCUUGGGUCCUACGUUGGUUAAGUGGUCAAGACCAUCAAGAUGAGCCCCUACCGUGGUUGGUGCCUUUGUUGACAGACCGCUGGCCGGAUAUCCGUUGGAUUGGCCUUGGAAUAUGCACAAGUCUUGCAGGAAGCGAGCAAGGCAGGCAGGAACUACAGAUGGCUGGGCAGAAGUUUGUGGGUGGCCUGUGGAGCUUUGUGUUCACUGUUUUACUGGAUGACAUGGAAUGUGGCUUUGUCAGGCAGCAGGCGGCUCUGUUGCUUUGUACUUUAGUUAGCGGACUGACACAUGGUGAAGACUCCCCUGAAGAGAAGCGAAGCGAUCAACUGAAGAAACCCUCAAAGGAAAUUCAAGAUCUGCAUUCCCUUCUGGAGCAUUUCAAGUUUUUCCAAAAGUUCUCCAACAUGCUUACAAGCAGUCCAAUUCCAUUGAUUCCUUCACAAGGGACAUCCAGGGCCUGUCAAAGUUCUGCCACAGUUUCUCUUUCGUCGGGUACUGGUACAGACUUUCCAUACAAGCCCCUUGGUUCAACGCCGCAGACUCGGUCUGGCAGUGUGAGCUCGGAAGCGCAAACGUUAGUUACAGAGUGUGCAAAUGGCAAGGCAAGCCCUGGAGUAUUUUCAAUGGCUUCUCACACUUCAAGCACAGUCUUGUCAGGGGUGUCCCCGUCCGAUCCUGAGACGCAGUCGUCGAGGACUCCUACCUCCUUGGUUCCACUUAUUAAUGAAAGAGGUCUACCCAGUGGUAUGUCCAGUGCCAGUGGUAGUGGUGGUGUUAGUAGUUCAGUUAGCUCUGCGGCUCCAUCAGGGACAUCCUCAGAAACUACAAGGUCCUCAAUAACGCCGGGGCUCAUUGGUGCAAUGGCACGUCUGGUGAACAAUUUGGUACUCCAGGUCCCAGGGCCCAUCAUCGCAGCCCUCAACAAAGCAGAGAUUUUGAGCAGCAUUACUGACCAUGUUGAUUGCACGGAGGUAAAAGGCUACCUUUGUGUGGAAAAACCAAUCCCGCUGUCCUAUGCGUCCUCUGUAAUGAUUCAAGAGAUACUUUCCAUGUACAGUGAAAUCUUGUCUUUCCUCCGCACUGUUGUCAAAGUGAAUACCAUCUUUUGCUUCAAUUUGCUACAAGACCACGAAGCUCUGGACAGGAUAAUGCUACUAUUUUCACUAGAUGCUUCUCAUGCAGAUGGCAGUCUACAAAUUGGCGUCAGAACCGUGCGAGAGAGUGUCUGCAAACUGCUAGUCACAUUACUGCAGAACCAAGGCCAGCUGUCAGUUCCAAGUGUUGUUGAGGACACUCUGAUUACUAACUGGAGGCCGUUAAUCAGUGUCAUCAAAAAUUCAUUUAAAGGGAACAAAUCCCCCACCCUAUCCUCCCUAAGAAUUUUACUUCUUAAGCUUCUUGGCCUCCACUUGACGAUCGAGGGCAAACGACACCUCGGUGGGAGAGGGUCAAGUGACGGAACAUCUGAUAAACCUUUAACAAGGAAUCGUUUAACUCGAUUACUCGAUAACAACGAUAUCAGUGAACACGGGGUGGAUGUUGUGAAUAAUACGAAAAAGCAUAGAGAACAAAACGGUGAACACAGCCCAGGAUUGUCUGCUACCAGUGAAACGUCUGGUCAAGAACUUUGCAGCGUUUUGCUAGAAGUUUACGACAAUGCCCCGUCGCGGCAGAGUUCUAAUACCACGGAUAAGGAACAGGCGUUAGUGUGUGCCGUUCUGAGUUCCUUAUUGGCUUUAAGUCACGCGGCAAAACGUAUUGCUUUGCAAGCUGGACUUGUCGAAACCACGCUGGAACAGGUCAAGCAUCUCCAUGCCCAGUUAAACAUAAAUUCACUCCAGCUAGGAAAAGGUUCUUCGUGGAAAAAGAAGGAGGAUCCAUUGAUGGUAGAGCUUAUUAAAGUGCUCCAACUACUCAGAAACUUUCUUCACCGUAGUGCAUCAGUCAAGAGUGCUUGCUUGGAAAGCGGAAUCGUUGAUGUCGUGCACAAACUCUGGUCGUGGUGUUCUGUUGAGAUGCAAUUUCUAAACGAAGUGUUGCGUCUACUAUCAGCGCUGACUGCACAGUUUUCUAAAGCAUCAGCCUUUGUCGCGGGUAGUUCAGGCGUUCCUGGGAGCGUUAGCCGUUCUGUUCAGAGUGGAAGCACAUUACUGCACAGCCUGAUCAAACUGACUCAUAAGACUAACAGUAAGCUUCAGAACAGCUCCAGUUCUGAAUUGGACAUGCACCUUGCUGUUCUAAGGAACAUGUCCAAUCUGCUUAGUAACCUGGCUUUAAGUGCCGAGUGCAGAGGAGUCCUGUGGAAGACGAACUUUUUUCAUCCAUUCGCUACACUAAAGCCUAUUAAAAGCGGUGCGCAUCCCAGACACAAGGCCAUUACUCGUGGCGUGACGCUCUGUUGGCUCAACGUGCUGGUCAGCGUGACAUUCUUCACCGAUGGCCAGCAGGGUGUGGUCAAGACCCCUGGCGUUGUAGAAGUGUUGCUAGAGAUGAGUACGGCUCAGAACAGGCAGCUGCAGGAAAAGGCUCUUCUUGUUUUGAGAAAUUUGUGCUUCCAUGGCGCCAGUAAGCCUGUGCUGUUGGUGAACGAAAAGCUGCUGUCUCUACUUGUGGAAUUUAUUACUGACAAUUCCAUUUACUUGAGGGCACUUUGCCUCUCAGCUCUGUGCUCACUGUUGCACAAUUGUCAAAAGGCAAAAGUGUCAUUAAAGAAGACGGGAGUAGUGAAGAAACUCGACGAAAUAAACUUGUUACCAGGAUUUGAACCUGCAGCGGACGACAGAUUUCGCAAAAUGUGCCAGGAGAAUAUUAACGUUUUACGGAAAAUUUUCUCUGACCAAAGAUGACGUUGUUGUUUUAAAUUUUGUUCUGUAUAUUCACCCUGCACAUAGUGUUUUUAACAUUCAUAUCUUGUCUAAACUUUGUUGAAUCAGGCAGGAGAUUUUGGCGCUCUAAAUCUCCAGCGAACUUUAGAGUAGCCUUGUUCAAAGAUUUCUAUGCGAGAAAAAGUAUAUAAAUCGAUCGAGUUUAGGGUUGAGAACAGCACUGUAAAGUUUCACCUGCUGGAGACAAAAAUGUUUUGGGAGGCAAAAUCAAGGUAGAGCUUUGUAAAUAUGUAUAAGUAGAAAGUCUUGUGUCAACAACAUGUCUACGCUCUGACCUUAAGACAAAGUAGACUAAAAGCAUUCCCUGCUUUUCGGCGAAGUCCUUCGUGCGAGUAAAAAAAAUCAGCGGGGAAAAAGUAAAGAAAAGUUAGCCCGCUGUGCGAAACCAUGAGAGGUAGCUGCGCCUCAUUCCCAGAGUUCCUUGCGCUACGGACUUCACCGAAAAGUAGAGACUGCUCAUGGAUUAAAGAGAGAGGUUUGCUUGCUAAGCUCGUAUCGACUGACAGUUGGCUAGUGGAAAAACGGCGAGUCGAAGUUAAUAGGGAUCGAAAAAGAGGACUGUGACUAGUUUAUUGGGACAACAUUAUGAUACCUGUUUAACUAAAACAACAAUAAAGUCUUGUUUGGUGUACCACA